AUGGCUGCCUCUGCCUCUGACAUCCGAAGUGCCCUCUCAAUAGCAUCACAACCCCAGAAUCCUGCACAAACCCCUGCUCAGUCCAAGAAACUACAGGCCCAAUCCAGUCGCAAGCCAGAUGGCAUCUCUCGUGAACUCUACUCAUUAAUUGGACCCUCCGCGCCCUCGCUAGCAGCCCAGCUAGCCAAGCCGAAGCUUAAACAGAAACCAAACCUUGGGAGCCGCUCUGUGGUGAAAUGGGAGUGGAGGUCUUUCACCAACGGUGCUCGGAAGGACAAGUUGCAAUUGAGACAUUGGACGAAAGCCGCGACCGAUGUAAAUGCUGAUUACCCGUUUGCCAAAUACAACGUCCAAUCUACACCAUAUAUCUAUACCGACGAAGAAUAUACACAAUACUUACAAGAUCCUGAAUGGACGAAGGAGGAAACCGAUUUCCUUUUCAAUGUUGUACGCGAAUUCGAUACGCGGUGGUACGUGAUAUACGACAGAUAUGACUUCCAAGGUGGGCCAGCGCGCUCUAUGGAGGUUAGUGUUGUGUUGUUUAAACUCGACACAUACGACCAAUCUACGUUAUCACCCCAGGACCUCAAAGACAGAUAUUACAGUGCAUGCAGGAAGCUCAUACGCAACCGACCCUGGUCUGGCGAUGAAGCCAGUAAAUCUUCGCUUCUCGCAAGUUUCCACUUCGAUAAAGAACGCGAAAUUACACGGAAGAAAUACGUCGCAAGUCUCGAAAACCGGACGCCCGACCAGGUCGCAGAAGAGGAAGCUUUGUACAUUGAAGUCAAACGUCUCGAGCAAAGCGAACGGAAGUUCAAGAAAGACCGCGAGGACCUUCUGCGUGUUCUGUCGGGUGUCGAGUCUGGGUUGCCUGAUGUCCUCGAGGACGAGAGUCCUUUCAACAACCUUCCUAUCAUCGAUACCAAGAAGAAGAGGAAGGGUCCAAGUUCGGGGUUCCUUCCUACAGACGUCGACAGCCCCACAUCCGCUUCGAAUGUCAUUGCACUGGAUCCUCCCAUCGUACGGAAACCUCGGGACCCCAAAUCUAUCGCUUACGACGCACAACACUGCAUCAUACGCACAGACUUACCACCAAAUGUUCAAGCCACCAAAGCUGCCCACCAUCCCGCGUUUAUGCGUUCGUUCAAACUACCGUAUCCUAAAGCUGCUCUUGCGCCAAGAAUCAACCAAAUAUUCGCUGAACUAGGGAUCAACAAUACUCGCCUAGUCAUGCCGACACGGGACAACUGCGCGAGGCUAGAGGGGCUCAUGGAACACAUUUCGGCACUGGUGGAAUCGAAAAAGAUCCUUGAUAAACUUGAAUAUGAUAUCCAAGUUGCCAAGAAGAGGCUAGGCAUACGGAAUAGCGAAGAUAGAGAAGGGGGCGGGGGCGGGGGUAAAGGUAAAGGUGUUGGCAUUGGGAGUGCCAUGGAUGUAGACGAUGGAGAUGCCGAUGCCGAUGCAGAGGCUGAGGAGGAGAGUGUUCGUGACGGCCGGGCUCAAAGUAUUGUGAGCACGAAGAGUGCUAGGAGCCGCCGUCCGACUCGCCGUUCAAUGUCCAUUUCGUCGGUGGACACAAACGCCACCGCAUCAGCACGCGCAAGCAACAAACGAAAGUUCCGUAAUUAG